UAGAAUAUGUACACAUAAAUGUCACUUGACAGGUACUAUAAAUAUUAAUGGAAAUUACCAAUGUCUGAAUACACCGCAAGAUUUUUAUUUGUUUCAUAUUUUCACUUAUUUUUAUUAUUUGAAAAUUACAAUGACAUCAAUAAAUGUGGUAUUUUGAGACAUUUGAUAGAGGUUACAUGUUUAUUAUUAUAAACAGCUGAUAUGAUGAUUAAUAACUGUAAGUGUGCGUGUUGUACAACUCAGGGUUUUACUUCUUUGUGCUUUGGAAACAAAAAAUCAGUCUGUAAAAAUCUGUAAAGAAACUUUCUUCUGGAGUAAACAAAAAAGAUUUUUAAUUAAGUUGGCUAUAAAAAUUUUCAUUACAAAUUUUGAUUUGCUAAGUUGAUGGAUCUUUAUUAAUUUAUGCAUUUACAUAAUAAAUCUUAAGUGACUAAACCAAAAAUUAUAUAAAUCAAAAUGCAUGAAGCAUAUGAGGCAACGCUAAUGCUCAAAUUGGGUGUUCAAAUAGAAUCUAUGACAGCUUAUGACGACUACUUAUUAAUUGGCACACGAGAAGGACAUUUGUUGAUGUACAAUGUUGCUUCUAAUGAUUCUAAAUCAAAUGAAAACAAAAAUCCAUCAUUAUUUCGUUACAGUAAAAACUUCAGCAAAAAACGUAUUGUGCAAAUAGCUGUUGUACCAGAGCAUAAUUUACUGCUUCUUUUAACAGAUAACAUAAUCUGUAUUCAUGAUUUGAACUCAACAAAUUUGAACCAAAUUUGCCAGCUCCAAAAAACUAGAGGAGCUUCACUGUUUGCAUUAGAUGUCAAGAAACAUGAAACAAUGACUGGUGAAAAUACUGUUGUAAAAUUAUGUGUUGCUGUUAAACGAAAAUUACAGCUAUAUUUUUGGAAUCAGAAAAAAAAAAUGUUUGAAGAAAUCUUUAAUGAACAAGCACCAACUUCUGACAUACCUAGAGAAUUAUCUGUUCCAGAUAUACCAAGAGAAUUGGCUUGGUGUGGGGAAACUUUAAUUUUAGGCUAUCGAGGAUUUUCAUAUUCUCUCAUGGAUUUUCAAGGAAAAUCGAAAGAACUUUUUCCAACAGGAAAAGCUCCAGAACCUAGUAUUACCAGAAUAUCUGAUAAUACAUUUGUUUUAGGAAAAGAUUCACAAUCACUUGUUGUGGAUACUAAUGGUGAAAUGUUUCAACAUCAUCCUGUUAAAUGGACAGAUUUCCCUUGUGCCUCUGCUUGGGACGAUCCAUAUCUUUUAGGAAUUGUUCACGAUUCCCUAGAAGUAUAUACUCUUGACAGUUGUAUGCAUGUUCAAACAAUUCCAGAACUUAAUAAGGCCAGAUUAAUUUGUAGAUGUAAACAAGGUAAAGUUUAUGUUGCAUCUAUGAGUCAAGUUUGGAGUAUUAAUGCUACUGAUUUUGCUCAGCAAAUCAGAAUCUUGCUUGAACAAAGUCAAUUUCAGUUGGCUCUAAAGCUUACAAAUCUAUCUGAUUUAUCAGAAGAAGAAAGAACAAAAAAAACCUAUAAAAUACAAACACUUUACGCUCAUCACUUGUUUCGUAAUAAAAAAUUCAGAGAAGCAAUGGAACAAUUUUCAAAAUUAGGAACUGAUCCAUAUGAAGUAAUUAGACUUUUUCCAGAUUUGGUGUCACAAACUCCAAAUUUGAAUGAACCAAAUGAACCUGAAUUACAUUCGCUUAAACUUCAAGAUAGAGAUCUAGAAAGUGGAUUGUUGGCUUUAAUAGAUUAUUUAACAGAAGUUAGGUAUAAACUUAUAAACAAUAAAGACAAAGAAGCAAAUGAAAAAAUGAAAGGCAAAAAAAUAAAUCCUGGUGAAGAAUUAAAAAAUAUGACAUCAGUAGCAACAGAACAAUUAUUAAAAAUCAUCGAUACAACUUUACUAAAAUGUUAUUUACAAACUAACGAUGCAUUGGUCGCUCCACUGUUGAGAUUAAAUCAUUGCCACUUAGCUGAAGCUGAAAAGACACUUUUACAGCAUCAAAAAUAUCCUGAACUUAUAAUUUUAUAUCAAACAAAAGGUCAGCACAAAAAAGCUUUGGAAUUAUUAGAAAAACAAUCAAAAGAAAGUGAUUCCAGUCUGAAAGGUACAGAAAGAACAAUACAAUAUUUACAGCAUCUUGGUAAGGACCAUAUGGAACUUAUCUUAAAAUUUUCAAGUUGGGUUUUGGCCCAAGAUCCUGAUGAGGGUCUUCGAAUUUUUAUGGAGGACGUUCAAGAGGUAGAACAUCUUCCUCGUCCUAAAGUUCUUGAUUAUUUAUUGCGUUGUUAUAAGGAUCUUGUUAUUACGUAUCUUGAGCAUGUAGUACAUGUUUGGGAGGAUACUAAUCCUCUGUUUCACAAUGUUCUUGUUCAUCAAUACAAAGAGAAAUGUUUAGCAGCUCAGGCUCCAACGGCAACACCCGCUGAAAAGCAAAACAUUCAACAUAUUAGGCAAAAGUUGCAGCAAUUGCUAGAAAAAUCUCAACAUUAUACUCCAGAAACAGUAUUGAGAGAUUUUCCAUUUGACUGUUUGUACGAAGAAAGAGCAAUCAUCUUGGGAAAACUAGGCAAACACCAACAAGCUCUGGCUAUUUAUAUCAAUUUGUUAAAUGAUGUACCAAAAGCAAUACAGUAUUGUAAUAAUGUGUAUUCAAGAUAUCAAACUCAAACGCCAGCAGAACGCGCGAAAAAUGCUGAAAACUCCGAGGAAGUUUAUGUGACGCUUAUUCGUCAACUCUUAAAACUUCAGGAUAACGAUAUUGACUUGAUGCUCGGAGAUGGAGCAUGUGCUAGACCUAGUCAACCAGAUCUAGAAACAGCUCUGGAAUUAUUAGAAGAACAUGCGUCGAAAAUCGAUCCAAUUAAAGCACUCGCAGUAUUGCCGGAUUCUGUACCGAUUGGGCGCAUCAAACAUUUCCUAGAAGCUAGCUUACAUAAAAAAAUAACCGAUAGAAGAAGAUUGCAAAUACUAAAAGGUCUCUUGUAUGCCGAACAUUUACAGGUUCAGGAACAAAGAAUGCGUGUCGAGAGUCAGAGUGUCCUUAUGACAGAGUUCAAUGUUUGCCCUGUUUGUAAAAAGAGAUUUGGAAAUCAGAGUGCUUUUGCAAGAUAUCCGAACGGAGACAUCGUGCAUUUUUCAUGCCAGCGUAAAAUAUAAAGAACUGCUUUUAUUUAAACGAAAAUAUUUAGUAUGUAAGAAAUGUCAGGACUAUAUUUCGAUCCUAAAAUGUAUUGAAAAAUGUUGUAUAAAAAUUUUAUAAUCAUGUAUUUGUAAAUAUGACCAACGAAUCUGUUAAUAUUUUGUUCAACAAUAUAUGGUUGAUUCUCCCGAAAUCUGCUUUUUCGGGUAUGGAAAACG